AUGCCUCGACCGGUCAGUAGCUAUUUUGGCGCAAGCCGUUUAGGCUCCAGUUUACAUCAAAUUUCACCGUCUUCCAGACUCUUGGUCAUGAGCGAAGCCCAACGCACAAGUGCGCUGCAGGUCCUCCAGCUUGCGUCGUGUGGCGACAGUGGUGAAGCGGUGGCCGUCUGGUUGCUCGACGAGUCGGUGGACGGCCAAGCACUGUGCCGGCAGUGGCUGCGUGCGGGCUGCUGUUCCUACGGGGAGCGCUGCAGACAUGCGCACACCCUGACCCUUGUGGGCUGCGGCCUCCGCGCCGCACGUGGCGCGUCCAUGCCCCCACUGAUCAGGGCCGAGCCGAACUCGGUCGUCGCCGGAUCCUCGGGCUCCCCACCCGUAGGGUUCAUCGUGUUUGGCCAGGAAGCCGUCUUCGACUACGAGGACCCGGCUGUCGCGAGGCGCUUCUUGAACCGCGCGUCGGUGCAGGGUGCUUCCGAGGAGGAGGUCGAGGUCGGAAACAUGCUCUUUGCCAGCCUGGAGUCCGAAGCUGCAGUGCGCGUGCUGGAGUGCGCAGGGAUGUUCUCAUCCUGGAGGGCCACAGCAGCCUGCCGAGACUGGAGAGACUCAGGGGCUGCGCUGCGCUUGCGGGAGGAGAUCUACUACGAGCUGACGGGCUUCAGAUCCCCUGGAUGCACCGCCACAGAGCUGGGACAUUCGAACGUGUGGCCUCGGCAGCGCAACUGCUUACAGCCGUGGCCGCCAGAGCGUCACGGGCUGCCCGGGACCCCGGCGGCCGAUGCGCCGCGGCAGCCGCGGAGGCGGCCGGGGCCUGUGUGGCUCUGCUCCUCGACGAGGGCACCGCGUUUUGUGCGUUUGAUACGGCGUGUUGCGAUGUUAUCUUCUUACCACUGGCCAGCUCCUUGGCACAUCUCAGGCCAAGAGGGUUGGGAAGGAUAA